AUGGAGAUUGAGCUGGAGGUUCGAAGAGUUGAGAGCCAAAAAAGGAUAACUUCCACAAAGAUUAGACAUGUCUUUUCUUCGGAGCUUGUUUACUUGGAUGACUUCACCAUAACCAUCCCUGUUUAUGGUUUUAAAGACAAGGAAUAUGAAUAUACCGGAUCCAUUUUCUCUAGAACAAAAGACUUGUUGGGAAAGAUUGGAGGGAAAGGAGUCUUAGGGGUACUCUACGAAGACCGAAUGGAAGUUCUGAAGGGCCUUGACAGACCCAUUCUUCGAUGUCUUUACAAGGACGGGGAUUUGAUAAGGAUAUGCAGUUUACGAAGAUUGGUGGUGGUUGAGCCAAGGAGCUCUGUAGCAAAUGUGACCUUUACAAGGAUGGUGUUACAAGACCAAUCCAAAUUUGCAGCACUCAAGAAACUUAGAAUGGUGAAUUGCAAUAUCAAGAAGAUCCCAGAUCUUUCGAUGAUGAAGCUUACACAUUUAGAUCUAAGCCAUAACAACAUAUCCGGAGUAGUGUAUGUUUGUGGCCAAUUCAACACUGUCAAUCUUUCGCAUAACAAAAUAACCAGAGUCAUUAGGAUGAAGGCGUCGAAUCUGGACAUUUCGUAUAACGAGAUAACCAGAUUCUUCCAAGAAUCUACAUAUCAGAACUUGAACCUGAGCCACAACCCCCUGGAACACUACAAUGCAGAAGCCAGGGUACUAAAUCUAUCCCACACAAUGCUAAAGUCAUUGGAAUCACAAAUAACAAAGAAGCUGAUUGUAGAUGGGACAAAGGAAAUCCGUCUCGGAACAUUUGAAAAUCUUGUAUUCCUGAGUGUAAAUUUCUGCAGCCUACGUCUCUUGUCGUUUAAUGCAAGGAAGUUAAGAGUCCUGAAGGCCAGAAACAAUUUUAUAGAGGAAGUUCCCUUUUUUCCAUUUCUUGAGUACUUGGAUAUUUCUGGAAACCUUAUACAUGGAAUAGCAAGCAAAGGAGUCAGGUUCCUCGAUGCCUCCAAGAAUCAGAUAAUGGUUUUUAACCUUGCAAAAUGGAAAAAUCUGGAGCACCUGAAUCUUUCGUACAACCCGCUUGUCAGCCUUGAGAAUUACGGAGAAAUGGAAUUGAAGUUCCUCAAUCUAAAAGGUACAAAUGUUAUAAAAGAUUUUAGAGGGAAUAGAAUAGAAAAGAAUGUACACAAAUGCUUAGAGAAGAAAAAGGAGAUCGAACGAUUUAUAGUCCAUCCUAAAGGAAUCAAUGGAAGACUCCUCGUUAUAUCUAUGGGGGACUUUGAGGCUGGUGUCUUUGAAAUACUUGAAACUAUCCAGGUAAGAAUACAGGAAACCUCUAAUUCCUAUGAAUAUUUUCAGAAGUUUUGCUCUCUUCUUCGGAAGAUGAUUUUUGCAAGAGGAGCCAGAAUAGGAUAUGCAUUGUGCAUGGUGACGCCCAAGCAUGUUAUCCUUAACGGAAGAGGGAUUGAGGUUGUGUUUUCCAACUUUGCGGAGAUUAAGAUUCUCGAAGGCCCCGAUGUUGUCGAGGUGUAUGACAACAUUGGAAACUGGCAUUUUAUCCCUCUAUUCUGCAGCUUCAAAGGAAGUAUUGCAAGAUUUGACAUAUUGGAUACGGUCAGGAAUGAUCUGGGCCUUGUAUUAGAUUUCAUAGGCCACCAAUGCCCUCUCUCUGCAGUAAUGGCAAUCUCAAACACAUCCAAACUACCCAAAAACUCAAAGGCAAGUGUAGAGCUAAUAUCCAGAAUUGACCUUCCAAGUAAGAUAUCAUAUGAGACGGUUAUCAGAAGCAUUCUUAGGAAAAAAGGGAACGAAAAUGGAGUUCAGGGAAGUGAAAACUAUAACUUUGCGAGAAAAAGCAGCACAAGGCAAUUCUACGGUACUCUUCUCCUUAAUCCAAAUCCUAUUUUUGCAUUCUGCAAGCUUAUUCCAAAAGACACAAGCUACAGAUAUGUUAUUGGGAAUGUUAUGAAUAUAAUGAGAAUGAUGAGCAAUGUGUUUUCUGGAACUCGGAUUGAGUUUUUCUCAAGAAUAUGGAUUGUUGCAUUUCAUGACAGAGUAGAGGCUUGUCUGUGGGGAAUAAGGAUUCAAGAAAUGCUCAGGUGUCUAGGGAUUGAUGUUGGAAUAGGGAUAACAUGCGGGACCUUCUAUACAAGGAUAAUGAACAACCAUGUAAGGUUUUAUGGCCCUGUGCUCAACAAGGCGUCUCGGAUUGCGAAUCUUGGGAUCGGGGUGUUCUGUUGCCAUUGUGUGUGGACAAAGCACUCGAAGAUUAUGUACAUAAGUCAGGGAAGGAGAAUUUUCCGAGGAUUUAAGGAACCACAUUUAAUUUACACACCUCAACUAUCUGAAAAGACAUAG